AUGUCUGCCGCUGCUGCUCCCAACGCUGUUGAUCAGCUCGCCGCUGAUCUCGGCAACACCUCCAUCGAGGCCAAGGCUCCUGCUGCCAUUGACACCAACGUCGCUGCUGAUGCCCAGGGCGAGGACAGUGCUACCCCCAACACCGCCCAGACCCCGCACCCUCACGCUUCUGCUUCUCUCUAUGUUGGUGAGCUGGACCCGUCGGUUACUGAGGCCAUGCUGUUUGAGCUCUUCUCUUCCAUCGGUUCCGUUGCCUCGAUUCGUGUCUGCCGCGAUGCCGUCACUCGUCGCUCUCUUGGCUAUGCCUAUGUCAACUACAACUCCACUUCGGAUGGUGAGCGCGCUCUCGAGGAGCUCAACUACACUCAGAUCAAGGGCCGUCCUUGCCGCAUCAUGUGGUCUCAGCGCGACCCUGCCCUGCGCAAGACUGGCGCCGGCAACAUCUUCAUCAAGAACCUUGAUGCUGCCAUUGACAACAAGGCCCUCCACGACACCUUUGCUGCUUUCGGUAACAUCCUCAGCUGCAAAGUUGCUCAAGACGAGAGCGGUAGCUCCAAGGGCUACGGUUUCGUUCACUACGAGACUGACGAGGCUGCCGCCGCCGCCAUCAAGCACGUUAACGGUAUGCUUUUGAACGAGAAGAAGGUCUACGUCGGUCCCCACAUUCCCAAGAAGGACCGUCAGAGCAAGUUUGAGGAGAUGAAGGCCAACUUUACCAACGUCUACGUCAAGAACAUUAGCCCCGACGCCACUGACGACCAGUUCCGUGAGCUGUUUGAAAAGUACGGCGAUGUUACUUCCUCGUCCCUUGCCCGCGACCAGGAGGGCAAGUCCCGCGGUUUUGGUUUCGUCAACUUCACCACCCACGAGGCUGCCUACAAGGCCGUUGACGAGCUGAACGGCAAGGACUUUUUGGGUCAGGACCUUUACGUCGGCCGUGCUCAGAAGAAGCACGAGCGCGAGGAGGAGCUGCGCAAGUCCUACGAGGCUGCCCGCCAGGAAAAGGCCAGCAAGUACCAGGGUGUCAACCUCUACAUCAAGAACCUCGGUGAUGAGGUUGAUGAUGAGAAGCUCCGCGUCAUGUUUGCCGAGUUUGGCCCCAUUACUUCCGCCAAGGUGAUGCGCGACAGUGCCACCGAGUCUGGCGACGAGAGCGAGACCAAGGACGGCAAGGACAAGGAGAAUGAAAAUGAGACCAAGGAGGAGGUCAAGGAGGAGGAGCAGCCCUCCGAGGAGGAGAGCGACAAGAAGGAUAAGAAGGGCGACAAGAAGCUCGGCAAGAGCAAGGGCUUUGGUUUCGUCUGCUUCUCCAACCCCGAGGAUGCCACCAAGGCUGUCACCGAGAUGAACCAGCGCAUGUUUGAUGGCAAGCCUCUGUACGUCGCCCUCGCCCAGCGCAAGGAUGUUCGCAAGUCCCAGCUCGAGGCUAGCAUCCAGGCUCGUAACCAGCUCCGCAUGCAGCAGGCCGCCGCCGCCGCCGGCAUGCCUCAGCAGUUCCUGCAGGCUCCCGUCUUUUACGGACCCGGCCAGACCCCCGUCUUCCCUCCCGGCGGCCGUGGUGGCAUGCCUUUCCCUCCCCAGCCUGGCAUGGGUAUGCCCGGCGUCCAGGGCCGUCCCGGCCAGUUCCCCAACGCUUUCCCCCAGGGUGGCCGUGGAGGUCCUGGCCCCCAGGUCAUGCCUGGCAUGUACAUGCCCGGUCAGUUCCCUCCCGGAAACGCUCCCUACGGCCAGCCCGGCACUCCCCAGUUCAUGGCCGCCAUGGCUCAGGCCCAGCAGACCAUUGGUGGUAACGGCCGCGGUGGUCCUGGUGGUCGCGGACCCGCUCAGGGUAUGCCCAACAUUGGCGGUCCUGGCAUGCCUGGAUAUCCUCCCAACGGUCGUCAGGGCCCUGGUGGCCGUGGUGGUCCCCGCAACGGCCAGGUCGGUGGUCAGUUCCCUCAGGGCGGUCGCGGAGGUCCCGGCCCUGCCCAGAGCCAGGACUUGACUCCUUCGUCGCUUCUCCAGUCUCAGCUCCAGGCCCACGCCGGCAACCCCCAGCAGCAGAAGCAGAUGCUUGGUGAGGUCAUCUUCCCCAAGAUCUCGGCUCUGCAGCCCGAACUCGCCGGCAAGAUCACUGGUAUGCUCCUCGAGAUGGACAACAAUGAGCUCGUCAACCUGAUCGAGGACGACGCUGCCCUUCGUGCCAAGGUCGACGAGGCCAUGGCCGUCUAUGACGAGUACGUCAAGAGCCAGGGCACCGAGGGUACCAAGGAGGAGCCCGCCAAGGAGGAGAAGACCGAGGAGAAGGCAUAA